UGAUUAUUUUAGUCCAAUUAAAACACAUCACCACCCACAACUGUUUGUUUGCAGCACAACCGGUGAGCCCUUGUAUUCUACUUGUUCACAUUCCAAAUAUCACAUCAUCGGAUCUUCGCGUCCCUAUAAAUUCCCGAGCUCAUUAAAUUCUUAUCCUUAUAAUAAAUAAAGCAAAAGAGUUAAGGUUGCUGUGCAUAUAAAAAUGGCAUCCUUAUGGUUGAAUAAAUUAAUAUCAGCAUAUUUUUGUUGCUUGUUUGUAUGCUUUGUUGCGAGUAGAGCUCAAACCACACCGGCUAUGUACGUGUUUGGCGACUCACUGGUGGAUGCUGGGAACAACAAUUACUUGCCACUUUCCCUAAUCAAAGCCAAUUUCCCAUACAACGGCGUCGACUACGCCGCUAACAAGCCCACCGGCAGAUUCUCCAAUGGCAAAAAUGCUGCCGACUUUCUAGCUGAACAAUUGGGUUUGUCAACACCGCCGCCGUAUCUAUCACAGCCUAAUAAUGCGUUUCUUAAAGGCGUAAGCUUUGCUUCCGGUGGAGCCGGAAUCUUAAACGCCACUGAUCAAAAAACCACGAUCUCUCUGCCUCAACAAGUGGGAUACUUCUCCACCGUGCAACGAAGACUGGUGAAAGAUAUGGGGACGAAGCCAGCGCAGGAGCACUUAUCAAAAUCAUUGUUUCCCUUCGUGAUUGGUAGCAACGAUAUCAUAAAUUACUUCCAAACAAACUCCGAAAUGGCGAAGAAAUACACCCCUCAACAAUUCGUUACUCUCAUGGUCUCCAACCUCAAAGAAGUGCUCAUGGGUGUUCAUGGUCUUGGAGCACGCAAAUUGUUGUUGGUGGGGCUAACACCAAUAGGAUGCGCUCCCAAACAAAGAUAUUCAAGUAACACUAAUGAAUGCAAUGAGGAAGUAAACAAAUGGUCCAACAAGUAUAACUCAGAGCUGAGGCAGAUGCUGCCUCAACUGCAGUCGGAGCUCAAAGAUUUCCACUACUCUUAUUUUGAUGUGCAUACCAUCUUCGUCGACUUCAUCCAGAAUCCAACAACUUAUGGUUUCAAUGAGACAAAAAGUGCCUGCUGCGGACUGGGGAAACUGAGGGCCGAUCUUCCUUGCACGCCUCUCGCUGUAUAUUGUCCGAGAAGAAAUUCACAUGUUUUCUGGGAUGUAUACCACCCUACGGAGGCGGCUGCGCGUAUUUUCAUUGCUAAACUUUUCGAUGCCGCAGGAGAUUAUGUAUCCCCCAUCACUGUUAACCACCUACUUACUCUCUAGAACAUAUUCUAUAUAUAAUCUAUUGAUACCGUUUCCACA